AUGGUAUCAGAAGAAUUUCGGCCCCAAGCUUCCGUGGCCAGGCCAACUACUCGAUCUCAGGAUGGCACUACACCAUCGACGAUCGACAAUCCUGGAGCAGAGGUCAAUUCCGACCCUAUCCCUGCUCCUCCUCCCUCAGCUGCUCAUCGACGCAUUCCACCAGCACGCGUUCAACAUCAGAACUCGACUCCUGGUUUUCAAGAAAAUUCUGCCAUUGUUGAUGACGAUUCCACUCAGGCGCCUCAAUCUCGUUUGGUUGUUGAUGAUCCCUCCAGUCCUUUCUUCCUCAGCACAGGUGAUCACCCUGGCUUGAUUCUUGUAACCACGGUCCUUACUGGAACCAACUACCAACCAUGGAAAAGGGGCAUCACGAUGGCACUCACGGCCAAGAACAAAAUUGCGUUCAUCAAUGGAUCCAUUCCUCGGCCAGAACCUGGUAUUCCUACACUCAAUUCUUGGUUAAGAUGCAAUAACAUGGUGAUGUCUUGGUUAGUCAAUUUGGUUUCCUCUGAGAUUGCACAAAGUAUCAUGUACUUUGAUUUAGCCACUGAUAUGUGGAACGACCUUGCUGAGCAUUUGAAUGAAGGCAAUGGCCCUCGCAUAUUUCAUUUACAGACCCAGCUCACUCGACUUCAGCAGGGUGACUGCUCUGUCUCCACCUAUUUCACAAAAAUGAAAUCCCUAUGGGAUGAGUUGAAAGAAUUUCAACCUAUAACAUCUUGCACUUGUGGUGCAAUGAAAAUUUUCUUGGAUUACUACAACCGAAACCAAGUACUUCAAUUCUUGACUGGUUUGAAUGAAUCUAUGCCUCGGUUCGAGCUCAAAUCUUGCUUAGCGAACCAAUUCCCAACUUGUCCCGUGUUUUUGCUAUGA